CCCACAGCUGGAUGCACCACUGUGAGGAUCUGGUGGAGGCAAUGGUCAGUUCGGAAAGAUCCAUUUACAAGACAGGAGACACAUUGCUGGUGAAGAGUGUGAGUCUCCCAAAGCCUGCAGGAGUGACUGAUGAUGUGUAUGUUGAUGAGGUGGCCUUCCUCACCACCCCAACUUCUGUGACACAGAUGUACCCACCCGCCCUCAAGCAGAAGGGAAUCCUUAUUGAGGAUGUGGCAGUCAAGAAGGUGACAGAGAAUGGGUACUCCCUGGAAUUCCAGACCACAAACUGCAAGACUGGAAUGCCCCUCCUUGGGCUCCUGCAGGUGGAAGGUCCUCCAGCAAGCUUUGACACUCAGGUGACAGUCACACGCUCCUCUCAGACUGCCACGGGUCCCCUCGCUGGCACCUGGGACCUCGGAAUUCAGGGGCAGGUUGUAAAAGACAUUCCAGCAGGUGUUGACCCAAAGGUCCUGGAGGGUAUUCUGGAAAGUGCCCUGGGAACUGAUCUCACAGUCCAGUACUGCUGCAAGAACUACCACUACUACAUUGAGUGGGAGGAAGAUCCCGGCAGAAAGGAGCUGGUGGAGAUACACACAGAUAACCUGAUGUUUGAUGGGCGAGGGGCUGCAGCACACCCUCACCCUGAGUGGCACGGCCAUCACUGCCACCCAGCUCACCUGCACUGUAGCACUGUGGGGCAGCUUGCAUUCAGUGGCACUCAGCAUGCAGCCGGCUGGCUCGGCACUGCUCCCCUCCCCCAUCAUCUACAUGGUGCCAGUCACCGUGGUUGCACUCAGCAUCACGGAGGGCAGCACUGGUGGACAGUAUUCUCUCACUGUGACUGGCACUGGCUUCCCAGACAGUGAUGGGUGGGAGGCUGGCAGUGCCAUUAUGACUCUGGGUGGCAAGAAGUGUGUGGUUAUCUCUGGUGGACCCACAAAGGUCACCUGCACAGUGCCUGCUGAUUAAAUAGGUACCAUGUCAUGUAGAGGAAAACUUAUGCUAGAAUUAGCAUUAAAGGCUAAGGAAAACAGUGAAGAAAACCCUGAGGAAAAUAGUACAGGAUGUGAACUUCCUGUUGACCCUCAAAUCAAUGAUGACCAUCUGUUGCCAUCAGCAAGCAUUACGGGUGCAAGCUCUGCUUCAAAUAACAGGAAGUCUUCUUCUAGUAGUGACUCGUCCUCUAGUAGUGACUCGUCUUCUAGCAGUGAAUCAUCUUCUAGCAGUGACUCAGAAACUGAAGAUAUUGACACAGAUGAUUCCGUGAAAGAUAAGGACUAUAUCCCAAGCAAAGAGGAAGAAGAGAGUUUUAACCUUGAAGAGAAGGACGCAGUUGAUACAAUUCCUGUACUAGUUAGUCCGCAAAAGGGACAUAAACGUAAACAGCACCUGAGUCAAUGGAAGAAACAUAAAGCGAAAAAAUGAAGGAACUCUGGAAAGGCUUAUAUAAGCAAAAAUAAGAAAAAUAAGACCAGAAAGGAAAAUGAAACUCCCAUGUGGAAAUAAAUGUCGAAUUAAAUGUUCAGAACAGAUAAAUGAAGAAGAAAGGCAAAAACUCUUUGACUCUUAUUGGGCAUUAGGAGACAUUGCUCAACAGUGGCAGUUCAUUUCAAACUGCAUUAAAACUGUUAAGACCUAAAUACAGGUAUGUUCGUGAGGGAGGCAACCGUCAACCUAGGAACAAUAACAGUUCCUUUCACUUCAUGGUUGGUCAGAAUGAAAUUCGUGUUUCCAAACUUUUUUUCAAGAACACACUUGAUAUCAAUGACCGGCCAAUAAGAACAGCUUUAGCAAAGCAAAGCAGAGUUGCUAAUGUUCUUAUGGAACCUGAUAAGAGAGGCCAACAUGGUAAUCAAGUAACUGUUGAUCCUGAAAUUAGGAAAGGCGUCAAGGCACAUAUUGAGUCUAUCCCUCAGAUAGAGAGUCACUAUACGAGAGCUACAUCAAGUAGGACAUUCAUAUGCGGCUCUAAAACAAUUGCAGAAAUUCACCGCGAUUAUGUUGAGAAGUCCAAACAACAAAAGGUACCUUAUGCCAAUUACACUCUGUUUUAUUGCAUUUUUACCACAGAGUAUAAUAUUUCUUUUUUUGUUCCUAAAAAGGACCAAUGCGAUGUUUUUUCAUCUUAUCUUAAUGCGGAGAAUGAAGAGAAAGAGCGCCUUCAAGGAAGCUAUGAAAAUCACCACAAAGAAAAAGACAUGUCAAGAAAUGAAAAACAUAAAGAUAAAACUGAGAGUGAUGCAGUUGUUGCUGUUUAUGACCUUCCGGCUGUAAUGCAGAUACCAAAAGGGGACAUUUCAGUUUUUUAUUACAAGUCAAAGCUGAAUGCUUUAAAUUUUACUAUUUACAAUGCUAAAACAAACUCAUGUAAUUGCUAUGUCUGGAAUGAAACUAAUGGCCAACGUGGGGUUAAUGAAAUUGGGACCUGUGUUCUCGAUUACAUUAAAACCUUGUGUGAGGCAGGAGAAACUGACAUAAUUUUUUACUCAGAUAACUGUUCUGGCCAACAGAAAAAUAAGUUCAUGAUGGCACUUUACCUUUAUGCAGUAAACAACUUACCAAAUAUAACUUCAAUAACACACAAGUUUCUAAUAAAAGGGCAUACCCAAAAUGAGGGUGACUCUGCCCAUUCCCUUAUUGAAAGAGAAGUAAAGAGAAUUUUAAAAAGUGGACCCAUUUAUGUGCCGGAAACUUACGUAACGGCAAUUCGAACUGCUAGAAAGAAAGGACAGCCUUUCGUAGUAAAAGAGCUUUGUUACAAAGAUUUCUUGAACAUCAAGUCUCUAGCUACUGAAAUGGGACCUAUCAAUUGCAA